UUGGCAGAUUAUGGAGAAACUUCUAUUGCGAUCGAUCUUUAAGUACAUAAGAGACUAGCUGCUGUAGGAAAGGGAAAAAAAGAAGCAAUGGAGAAACAGGUAGCAAUUAUUGGAGCUGGUGUUAGUGGCCUUCUCGCCUGUAAAUACACAGUCUCAAAGGGUUUUAAUCCAAUUGUUUUUGAAGCAAGAAACAGCAUUGGAGGAGUGUGGAUUAAUACAGUAGAGACUACAAAGCUGCAGACUCCGAAACCAGCAUAUCAGUUCUCAGAUUUUCCCUGGCCAGAUUCAGUCACGGAACUCUUUCCGAACCAAUAUCAAGUCUUGGAUUACCUGCAGUCAUAUGCACAUCAUUUUGACUUGCUUAAGCACAUCAAGUUCAGUACUAAAGUACUUGGCAUCAAGUAUCAAGGCGCAUCCGAUGAAGAGAUGCAGUCAUGGAGCUUGUGGGGUGGAAAUGGGGAGCCCUUCAGCUCAAGGGGGAAAUGGAUAGUUGAAGCACAGGACACACAGAACCAGCAUUCAACUGAGGUUUACCAAGUGGACUUUGUGAUUCUUUGCAUUGGACGGUUCAGUGAUGUUCCAAACAUUCCUGAAUUCCCUCCUGACAAGGGCCCGGAAGCAUUCCAUGGUGACGUGAUACAUUCUAUGGACUAUGCCAACAUGGAUUAUGAAAUUGCUAGAGACUUUGUAAGAGGCAAGCGAGUUACUGUCGUGGGGUUCCAAAAAUUUGCAAUGGAUAUUGCAAUGGAGUGCUCUAUAGCAAAUGGGGUUGAACAUCCUUGCAGAGUUUUAUACAGGACUGAACAUUGGCACGUCCCUGAUUACAAUCCAUGGGGAGUGCCCUUACCUUAUUUGUAUCUCAACCGCUUCUCGGAGCUCAUGGUUCAUAAGCCUGGUGAAGGAUUACUACUCAGUCUGCUGGCAACAAUUCUUGCACCUCUGAGAUUGGCAUUUUCAAAAUUCGUCGAAAGCGAUAUCAAGAAGAAGCUCCGUUUGGCAAAGUUUGGAAUGGUUCCAAAGCAUAGUUUCCUUCAAGAACUUAAUUCUUGUUUGAUUGCAACAGUUCCACAAGGAUUCUAUGAUAAAGUUGAAGAGGGAAGCAUCAUACUGAAGAAAGCUCCCAGUUUUAGCUUCUGCAAAGAAGGCAUUAAAGUUCAAGGUGAGGAUACGACACUAGAGACCGACUUGGUCAUAUUAGCUACAGGAUUUAAAGGUGAAAAGAAGCUCAAAGACAUUUUUGAGUCCAAAAUGUUUCAAGAUUGCAUACUUGGGUCCCCUGAUUCAGCAGUUCCUCUCUGCAGGGAAUGCAUUCAUCCGCGAAUUCCACAGCUAGCAGUGAUUGGAUUCUCAGAAAGUGUUGCGAACUUGUACACUUCAGAAAUGAGAUGCCGGUGGAUAGCAGAGCUUCUUGAUAGCACAUUCAAGUUACCUAGCAUAAAGACGAUGGAAAAAGAUGCUGAAAAAUGGGACCAAUAUCUGAAGCAAUAUUCUGGUCGAUAUUACCGCAGAUCAUGCAUCGGUGCCCUUCAUAUAUGGUAUAAUGAUCAACUGUGCAAAGACAUGGGAUGGAACCCAAAGAGAAAGCAGGGAUUCUUUGCUGAAUUGUUUGAGCCUUAUGGACCUGCAGAUUAUGUCUCACCUUAGAGACAUGGAGAGGCCUUAGCAUGCAGAAUGGAUACAGCAAUGUAUCUGGGAGCAUUUUACACAGUAGUUUGCAUAUGGACUACUAGGAUGAACGAAAAAUCGUACUGGUUGAAAUACCCAAAAAAAAAAAAGAUGUCUAUCAAAAAGAUGACUAUCAGUUUGUUUGAAAUAAUGUUUCUUUUUAUACCCAAAAGAUGUCUAUCAGUUUGUUUUUGAAUGAAGUUUAUAUAAUUUCUUUCAAUCUAAUUUUUAAAGCUGUUAUUCUAUCAACAAAAGUUGAUUUUCUUUUGUCUUUUUAUGUUAAGUAGAAACCGAUCAUUACUGUAGGAUGAACAACAUUUAAAACCUCUUUUUCUCUCUCAAUUUCUAAGGAAUAAUAGGACUGGAUAUUUGAGAUCCCGAUCCCGAUCCCGAUCCAGUGAUUCCUUGUAUGGAUUGCAGGAAAGAGUACUGUUAGGUUGCAAUACGUGUUGAUGGCAUUACAUUUAGAGAGACAAUAACUUCUGGACGCAAUGUCCCCUUACAACUGACCCAAAAGAAGGCGCAUUCAUCCGCAAAUUCCACAGCUUUCAGUGAUUGGAUUCUCAGAAAGUGUUGCAACCUCGCACACCUCAGAGAAGAGAUGCCGGUGGCUGGCAGAGCUUCUUGAUGGCACAUUCAAGAUACCUUGCAUGGAAGAGAGAAAAUAAUGCCGAAAAAUGAGAUCAAUCUAUGAAGCAAUAUUCCUGUUGGUUGAUCAUGCAUCAGUGCCCUUCAUAUAUGGUAGAAUGAUCGAAUGUGCAAAGACAUGGGAUGAAGCCCUAAGAGAAAGAAGGGCCUCUCUGCUGAAUUGUUUGAACAUUACGGACCAGCAGACUAUUCCAGGUGAUGAUGCAUGACCAUCCAUCUGAUGAUCUCAGAAUUUUCCAUCUCGAGUGAGAUUUACGCUCGACUAAAUAAGUGAUUCAGUAAAUUUUCAAGGA